UAAUGAAUCUGAGCACCUCUGUUACAAAGAAUAGCAGAGCGUACAAUCUGUCUCGGGUCAGUACUUUGCUUAAUUCGAGCGCGAGGUGGUAGCACAGUGACUAUUAAAAAAAGCAACGCGGUAGGUUUUUGAGAAGAGUACACAAUGCACCAAAUGGAUAAGAGACAUCCCUCCCUCUGAUACAAAACAGUUGAUAUUGACAGCUCUCGUCUCGAUCCGGGAUAACCUCUUGCUCCAAUCGACUACCAAUUCUUGUCACGUCGACGAUUGCCAAAACGUUUUUAAAAAAUGGCAUGUCUUUUGUUGAAUCAGGAAAAUGUGCACAUUAAAAUUCCAUCAGCUGACACUGUUGAAGGUAUCACUUAUUAUUGCAUUGAGGUUAGAAUUGCUUCAAUCAAAUGGACUGUAAAACACAGAUACAAUGAUUUUGCUGAACUUCAUGAUAAACUUGUCUCAGAGAAUUAUGUUAAAAAGGAUAUAUUGCCACCAAAGAAGCUUAUUGGAAAUAAAUGUGAAGCUUUUGUAGAAAAGCGUAGAUUAAGUUUAGAAGUUUAUUUAAAUGAAGUAUACAACUAUUUGAAAAAAGCAAUGCCUAGAGAAUUAGCUGUAUUUCUUGAUAUGCAUAUAUAUGAUAUAUUUUUCCUACUACAGAGUAUGGCUUUAGAAUUUUUUAUAGAAGGGAAUAGUUUAUUGCAGAAGUCCAAAAGUCAUAAAUUUAAUCCAGUUCAGUUAUAUGCAAUCAGUGAGAGAUUAAAACAGCCCUGUCCACCAAUUGAAGUGGUUGAUAAAAAAUACGAUUUCAGUCAUGUCUUGGACUUUAAUUCUCAUUUAACUGGUCUGAUCAUUGAAGGAAGUUCAGAACCUUAUAGAACUAGCAAUAUUUAUUCAUCAGCAUUGUCCAUUGAAUUAACAAGUUUCAAGAAUAUAGAAAAUCUAACAAUUAAUCAAUAUCCAAUGGACAAGAUAUAUCAUAUGGGCAAUCUUCGAGAUACAGUGAAAUAUUUAAAAGUGAACAAUACAAAGCUUAGAAAUAUCGUUGAAUUGGCAAUGUGCGAAGAAGUACACAAAACAAUUGAAAACGCGAACGAUUCUCAUGUUUGGUUUAAAGUCACUCAUUUAGAUCUUAGUGAUAAUCGAAUAGAGGUUAUUGAUGAAGCAAUUAAAUUAUUACCACAAAUAGAAUGCUUAACAUUAAAUAAUAAUCUACUCUCUGAAAUUUCUAACAUCACUCUGUUACCGAGAUUGUCUCAAUUAUAUUUAGCAUCGAAUAAUUUCACAACUCUACCCGAUGAUUUGCAUACGAAACUUGGUUAUAUCAUGUAUAUCGAUUUGUCCCAAAACAAAUUAACUUCAUUAUCAAGUUUCUCGAAAUUGUAUUCAUUAGAAGGUCUAGACGUAAGUUGCAAUCGUAUCGAAAAGAUCGAAGAAGUAAAGAAUAUUGGUCAUUUACCUUGUUUGGAAAAUUUAAGAUUAACUGGCAAUCCAGUGUCAACAAUUGUCGAUUAUAGAGUAAAAGUGUUAGAACCGUUUGGAAAAAGAGCAGCAGAUAUUUGUUUAGAUAAUGAAAAACCAAAUCAGAAGGAAUUGGAUACUGUUUCUGUUCAUCAAGCAUUACGCAUUGCAAGAGAAGGAAAAUCACCUACAUUCACGGCUUCAGAUGCGCCUUUAUUUUCUGCAGAGAUUCCAAAUAUAUAGAAUUUUAUAAAUUACAAUUUCAUUUCAGAAGAUUUUCUAGACAAAGAAGGAACUUUGAUAUAAUUUUUUAUCAUUGACUCAAAUUUUUUUCUUAAACAUAAAAGACCAAGAAUUACAAAUUUUCAAAUAUAUUUAGAUUUUGAUGGAAAUCUAACAAGAUAUUUUAUAUUUUUUACUCAAAGUGAUAUCACUUUUAAAAAUUAAAUUGAAUUAAUCUGUAUGAAAAGGUUCCUUUGUAAAUUAAAUCAAAUUGAUAUUUAAAAUGACAAACAUUCAAGAUUUGAAUCUCAGUUAUAGCUUUUUUUAUGAUAUUUAUUAUCAGUUUAUCAUGUCGGUGCUUUUUAUUAUUUUUUUUUUUAAUAUUAUGAUGAUAAUCUAAUCAGUAUAAUGUAUACCAAAAUAAUAACCUGUAACUUAAGUCUUAGAUUACGAGUCUUUAUUCUUAUUUAGAUAAUUAAGGAAAUUUUAAUAAUGUGUGGAAUAAUUAAGAAGAAGAUAAUAAAUCUCUCUUUUCGGGGAUAAUGUGCCACUUAUCUAUAUAAAAGUAAAAUUUAUAAAAUUCUACUGUGUACAUAAUUAUUUUUAAAUUGUAUAUUGCGUGUUAUCGUCAUAUAUUUUUUAUACGAAAUCAGAAAAUGAAAUAGAAAAAUUAGAUUGAUCAAAGAUGUAUAUUUAUUUAUAAUUUAUAUCAGAGAAUUUAGUUGAUAUGUAUAUAUAAACAGUUGGUAAUUCUUAAAUUCUAUUUAUAUUCCAUGAAAUAAUUUAAUUUGCAAUUUAGAAAUAAGAAGAAUUCGUUUCAAGAAUUAUUGCUUUUUAAAUAAUUAAUUAUUAUAGAUAAAAUUUAUUUAUUGUUUAAUAAAAUUUGCAUAUAAAUUAUUUAAAUUAAAACACUUGUGUAUCGUAUAUCGUAUCGCAUAUAUCAGUGACGCAAAUAAAAAUGCGCUCGAAUCAAAGCAAUUAUUUUCAAAGUAUUGAUUCGAUACAAUUACGCAAUUACUAAUUUGUUAUUUAUUGCAUAAAUUUUUAUGAUGAUGUUAUUUUAAAAGAUGCAAACGCAUUUAAUGAUUAACAAUUUUAUAAUGGUUUAACACAAAUUAUCUAUAAAUGUACAUAAGAAAAUCAAAUAUUUUGUUAAUAAAGAAUUUUAAAUCAAUAAAUUGUGAUAACCUAUUUUUUAUUACUCUAUAAAUAAACAUAAUGUAUCUUUAUUUAAAAUGUAAAAUUUGUAAUAAGAAAUAAUAUUUUUAUUUAUUAUGUGUUAUUUAUUAUUAAAUUUACAUAAAAAAUUUUGUUAAUUUUUAUAAAUUGAAAUUGAUUAUAAGUUUGGACAAUAUGAAAAAGACGAAUUAAUUAUCUUUAAAGUUUAUUUUUAUUUAAACUUUCACAUUGUUCGCAUUACCUUUUAAAUAUCAUACGUAUCUCGACAAUAGUAAAAUAUUCAUAAAUAAUAAUAAUAAUAAUCAUUACAAUGCUUAACAUAUUUUAAGCAUUCUUGUGUUAUAGUCUUUUAAUGUAGUACACCUAAAAACUAACACAUACAUAAAUAUUCGUUUCACAAAAGAUCACUUUCCUUUUUGCGUUAUGAUCGCGUAUCAUAUUCCUUUUUCUCAACGAACUUGGUGCACAAUAAUUUCACAAUGUUUUUUUCUACGCUGUUCGAAUUUUUCACGAAGCACAAUCUAUCAAGAGUUAUAUUUUUUUUUUGUUUUAUUUUUUCUUUUUAUAUUAAAGGCAAUGCGUGUUUUCAAGAAAAAAGUAUUAUUUCUAAAAAGAAAGUAUCAUAUCAAAGCGUCAAAAAAGCUACUUGGUACCAAAAAGAGAAUAAUUUAUCAAAUAUCUUUCAUUUUCCUACCAUUAUACAACGUCCAUGCGUCGUUUAUACUAUAAUCAUCAUUAUUUAUUUAUGUAUGUAUGUAUAUAUAUAUAUAUGUUCGUAUUUUUUUUUGUUGAUCAUAACCUGAUCUACAAAUCGAUUUUUUUUUAUUAUUCGGAGUUACCAUCUGUCGAUACAAUCAUAAAAACACGCAUAUACAUAUAUACAUACAUUAAAGCAAUAAAAAGCUGAUCGAAAAAAGAAACAUUGCAUAUCAAAUAUGUAUAGAAUAAUCUUUUUAUACAAAUCUCAUGAAUGCUGAAUGUAUUUAUGACAUCUUAUAUACUCCGAAUAAAGAACUCGUUUUUUUAAUAUUUGAUUAUCGUUGUUUAUAAAUAUUUUCAGGUUAUGUUUUGCUUUUUUUAACAUAAAAGACUUUGAAUUUAUGUUUAAAAAAUAUAUAAAUAUAUAUGUACAUAUACAUAUAAAUUUCUAAAAAGACUGAACAUUACAUUUGAUACUUAUCAUCCGAUAAUAGAAUUGUUAGAACGUUUUGUUUGACUUGUUCGAAGGACAAAAGAUGCUUGAAUACACUUUUUUCUAUAUUUCCUUGUAUCAUGCGGAGAAAAAUUAUAAUUCGCAGAUAUAUUUGGUAUAUUUCGCUGCGAACCUCGCUUUUUCAUUAUAUUUAUUUCUUUGUCAUAAUCCAAUUCCCACAUCUUUUAUCUCGAAAUUUGAACACUGGAUAUAGAAUCUCGAUCGUUUUAAU